UGUCACUUCAGAGCUUCAUAUGUCAUGUAGCAGAAUGACAGGGCUGUGCAUAAACUUAAAUAUAAUCUUUUUCCAGAAAAUUAUCUAAAUUAUUAGGGUUUUUUAUGCACAAAACCAACUAGACACAUUGUAACUAUCAAAACCCUGCUGCUGACAGGUUAUAACCCUGUGAAAACACAGCUUGGAGACUCAGUGCCUUCAUUUAAAGCUUUAUCUGUUUUCUCCCCACACUGACUGUAACUGGCAUCCUGUAUGCACUACUACUGCAAAAUUAGAUUUUUCUGUAACUCGUCUCCAUGCGUUCUCUCAGUUACGUCCAACGGGCCGUCCUGGAGUUCAGCGGUUCGCUUUUCCCUCACGCGUUAUGUCUAGGGGAUGCUGACAACGAUUCGUUGAAUGAACUGGUCCUGGGAGAUACAAGUGGGAAGCUACACAUUUAUAAGAAUGAUCAGAGCAAGCCUUGGAUCACCCGCUCCUGCUCUGGAAUGCUGACUUGUGUUGGUGUUGGAGACGUCUGCAAUAAAGGCAAGAAUUUUGUGGUUGCGGUUAGUGCGGAAGGCUGGUUUCAUCUCUUUGACUUGAGCUCCAAACCAGACGGCACAUGGGAUUUCAUUCAGGGAGAGGACCAGAAAGCCACAUACACGCAGCAUCUCCCAGCUAACACCAAACUCGCUUUGAUCAGUGAUAUCGAUGGAGAUGGACGCUGUGAGUUGGUUUUGGGGUACACAGACCGAGUGGUACGUGCUUUCCGCUGGGAGAGCCCCCCAGAUGCUGAUGUGACGUGUGGUCAGCUGGUACCUCUAAAGAAAUGGCUGCUGGAGGGGCAGGUGGAUAGUCUUACUGUAAAUCCAGGCGCAGAUGGCACACCUCAACUGAUGGUGUCUCAACCUGGAUGUGGUUAUGCAAUCCUGCAGUGCACUUGGUGCGAUGAUACCGUCCUGGGGUUGGAAGCGUCUGGUGCAGCCGAGACCAGGGAUGUCUCUGCUCGAGAUGUGAUUCUUCACCAAACCUCCGGACGGAUCCAUAAUAAAAACGUUUCCACGCACCUGAUUGGCAGCAUUAAACAAGGCCCUGGCGCUGCGAUUAAUGAACCCGGCCUGUUUGCCCUUUGCACCCUUGAUGGAACGCUAAAGCUCAUGCAAGCCCCAGACAGACUUCUAUGGUCCUUUCAGGUGGAUCAUCAGCUCUUUGCGCUGGAGAAGUUGGAUGUGACGGGUAAUGGCCAGGAAGAAGUUGUGGCCUGCGCAUGGGACGGACAGACGUAUAUCAUCGAUCACAACCGUACAGUUCUGCGUUUCCAGGUGGAUGAAAACGUCAGCGCUUUCUGUGCUGGACUUUACGCCUGCAGGGGAGGGCAGAACAGCCCCUGUCUGGUGUACGUUGGGUUCAACCAGAAGAUCUUUGUGUAUUGGGCCAUCACGCUGGAGAGGAUCGAGUCGUCCAACCUGCUGCUUGUCAUGGAGGGAAACGAGGAACUGUCUUCCUUGCUUAGCCAGCUCAACGUGGAUGCCAGCGAUGCCUCAGCUGUUCGGGAUUUAAUUCAUCAGACCAUGUAUUCCCCUAAUGAAGGGGGCAACCGUUAAGCAGGACCGUAAGUGAUCUGGGGCAGUCACAGGUCGAGGACACACAAAAGGCAAUGGACUAUCCAGAUGGACAAGACGUAGAGAAGCUGAAGAUCUAAUGAGUCGUCGGGGCAUGUCUUGCUGUAAAAUCUCUCUCGGGGGGGUUUCUGUGCACAAUUUGCAAAGUAUUUUUUAUUAAAUGUGACAUUCAUUUCAUGAAACAACAACAA